UCCCCCCCACUAUUUCCUCACCCCAAACACCUCUCUCCCUCACAACAUCCCUCCAUUCCUCUAAAGCCAUGAAGCUCCUUUACCUCCUCCUCUCCUUGGGCCUCCUCCUUUCUCUCUCUAAAACCAUUGAUGCAAUAACCUGCCCUCAGGUGGAAACCAGUGCUGCCUCCUGCCUCCCUUACCUCUCAGGCAGCGCCUCAUACCCUGCGCCCUCCUGUUGCAAUGGCCUCAAAACCAUUGCACGGGCAGCAAACACCCCUGGUGCAAGGAAAGGCAUAUGCUUUUGCCUCAAAGGUGCAUAUAACCAAUUCCCAGGGAUUAAAGAUACGUUUGUGAGGCAAGUUGCAGGGAAAUGUGGUGUGAAUGUUGGCUUCAGCAUCUCCGUAGGCACUAACUGCAACACGAUCCACUGAAGGAAAGAGGUUCUGAGGAGAAAGUAGGUAUUUAGGUUUGAGAUGAAUAAAGUCUAGGGUUUUCAAAGCUACUGUUUUGAAGGCUUGGAAGACAUGAUGGUUUCGAUAUGAGGAGUGUCUUACUUAUGUUGUUGGUUAAUGAGGAUUUAUGUAAGGUUCUUAUUUUUGUUGUUCCAGCUUGAUGAUUAAUAUGAGAAUUAAGAACCCUUUGGUUUCCAAAUUACAUAUAAUAUUAUCAUGAUUGAUCUUACUGUUA